UGUUGUCUCGUCAGGAGAGAUGCGCCACCAGUACAAGGAGAGGUUGCAGACCAAGUAUCAUAAAGCCCCAGCAAACAAGAUGUCGUUGAUCGGUAGUUGUUGCCGUUUUGUAAACGUGAGCCUCGAUGACUUCAGUGACUGCUCGUCAGUCUUAUCCGGGGACCAGAAAGGUGUCUCACCAGUUAUUUUUCAUGACACUCCAAACCAGAACUCCAGUCAAAAGCAUAAAAAGUGCACCUCUAAAGAACAUGCUUGCUUUUCAAAGCAGAUGAUUCAAAAGCAGAUUCGCAGGGAAUAUGUGGCUGCUGUGGAGGAAAAACUCAAACAGCAUCCUCUGGCUAUGUACCCACACUAUAAGGAUCAUAUGACCCCAGAUCUAUUUGAUAAGGUGUUAUCCGUCUUGGACCCAGACAUGAGCGUUAACAGUGCCUCUGCACUUCCUACGCUUACAGGAGAUGAUGUGGAGGAGGAAGAUGAGGAAAACUGUACAGAGCCAAGUCAGGAAGAAGUGAGCAGAGCAAAACACAGAACUUCUGCUGAUAAAACGCAACAGUACUAA